AUGGCCAAGUACGGGGCAGUGGGCGAGGCGACCAUGCAGAUCGCAGGGUCUCCAGCUCCUCGCCGUGUCGUGCUGGCAGCAGUUGGACUGAUCUGCUUUGCGGCCAUGCUGGCGUUGAUCUCCUUCUCUUCCUCCUCCUCUCAGACGAGCAUGCUGUCAAGGGCCUCGGUUGGCUCGCGCUACCAGAGCGUGGAGACUCAAGCUCUUGCGCAAAUCUCUGAGAGCGACGACCUGCUCUCAGCUGCCGAGUCUCAGGACUCGGAGGAUCCUAUCGAAGCUCUAGAGCGAGCUGCCAAGGUCCUCGAGGAGAAGCAGGACGUGAAGAUCCGCAAGGCUGCAGCUAAGCUUUCACGCCUCGAACAAGAGAGGAAGAUGGUGAAGAAGGCCGCGAGCAAGUUGUUGAGUGAGGCCCAGUCGAAGAUGGACGGUGCUCAGCAGAAGUCCCUGAAGCAAGAGGAGCAACAGGCUGAGAAGAACUUUGAAAGGGAAGAGCAGAAGGCUCUCAAGGAAGCAGCGAGGAAGAUCCAGAAGGCUGCCUUGGCAAAGGAGCAAGUCGAAAAGAGCAUCAAGCAGCAGCUCGGAGCAAACAACGACAAGUUCCUUGACAUGAACCCUCCUACCAUCCCUCCUCCCCAGGUCUGA